AUGGCGAUGACAUUGAACAAUAGCAAGCCCGGAUGGCUGGUUGUUGAUCUGGGUGUAAGAUUUAACAUUGACAAAGUUUCAGUUCAUCUGGGAACUAGGAAACAAAUGUCUAACUUUGAAGUUUGGUUGUCGAAUGACUUCAAUCCAAAAACUAAUGUAACAAUUACCAAAGUUUCAAAAUGCGCUACCUACAAUAGUUUCGCUCUUUCUGGCUCGCUGGCCGAUGGAACUUCAAAUCUUGCAGUUCGUGAAUUCUCCGUGUUUGGAUACGAAGAAUUAACUAAUUAUCAUGUUGGCUGUUACAUAAAUUUCAAUGAAUCUGUGCCAGUGAGUGCGGUGACUACUCCAUACGAAUGUUUCGCCAUUUGCAAAGAUCGAGGUUACAAGUAUCUGGCUAUCAAGAAAAAGAUAUGCCACUGCUCCAUGGCGAUAACUUCCAGUCAUUCGUUUACACUUUUCUGCGCACAAUCAUGUUAUUCCAAAGACUUUUUGGUUCAAUGCCUGAAUGUCGACAGAUUCGAUGUAUUCAGAGUCGAUCAAUGUAUCCUAUCAAGUACUUCAGAAAAUAGUUUUGACGUAUGCCGUACUCACUCUCUGUUCAACAUGUCGCUCAACUCUUACGGUGUGUAUGAUAAUUGUGAAAAUGGCUGGGAUGGACCAUUUUGUAACCGCAGAUUAUGUCACGUACAAAAUGGACAGUGUGCUGACCAACUGUGCAUAGGUUCGGUUAAUGCUUGGUUCUACACGGCUGAAUGCUACUGCCGAGAGGGCUUCAAAAUACUGUCUUAUAACGAAAACUGCAAAGACAUUGAUGAAUGCAAAGCUGAUACUCACAGCUGUUCACUCGACUCAACAGUCUGCGUCAACACCAUUGGAUCAUUUCAAUGCCAGUGCAAAGAUGGUUUCCUGCCUACAAGUUCAUCAUUUUAUUGCGACGGUAAUCAAGUUUUAAAGAUCUCCACCAUAGUGCUGGCCUCUGUCUUUGGAUUGGCAAUCCUACUUUUCAUCGUUGGAGCAAUUGUCUUUAUACUUAAAAAAGCGCGCACUCCUAAAAUUAAAAAGACCAAACAAGCAAUGAAUAACGGAACAAACAACGCUGCCGAUAGUUACGGUGCUUACACUCUCCCUCUACCGAGCGUCGCAGAAGCCAGCGACAGCCACAUUUACGACAGGACCUUGAAUGAUUUCUAUCCUUACGAGUCUCUGGAAAAUCAGAAUGGAGUUUAUAAUAAUUUUGCUUCUAAUGAUGUUUCCUAG